CUCCUGUGGAGAUAAUCCGGCUAUAUAUACAGAGUACCCUCGAGGGUUUUGUCCAUCGAUUUGAUAGCGCACGCAUCUAAUCUAAUCCCUUUCAAGCAAGAGAUCCAAUCGCUUCGUCAAGAUGCAGAUCUUCGUGAAGACCCUGACCGGCAAGACCAUCACCUUGGAGGUGGAGUCCUCGGACACCAUCGACAACGUCAAGGCUAAGAUUCAGGAUAAGGAGGGCAUCCCGCCGGACCAGCAGCGCCUCAUCUUCGCUGGCAAGCAGCUCGAGGAUGGCCGCACCCUUGCAGACUACAACAUCCAGAAGGAAUCCACCCUCCACCUCGUCCUCCGUCUUCGCGGCGGCCUCUGAGCUUCGCUAGGAUGCAGCUUCCUGUCAUCGUUUCUAGCUAUUGUUAAGUUGAAGUCGAAAUUCUUCUAGACCGUUUUGAGUCUUUUUUAGUUCCUGCCUGUUUCGAUUGAACCGUGAACUUAUGGAUAAUGUUAUGAUCAGUUUUCUUAGUUAUGCCAUCGAUAUACAAUGCUACUAUCAGUUUCUUCUUAA